GAGGACCGGGGCAAGAAGGCGAAGAAGGAGAAGGAGAAGGAAAAGGAGCGGGGAGGGCGUUCCUCGUCGCGCCAGAAGAAGGACGAUCGCCCCAGGAGAGACGAGCGCUCGCGGCCCAGGGACGAGGAGCGCCCCAGGAGGGCCGCCGACGACGACCGCGGCCGCGGGGAGGCCGAGCGGUCGAGGAGAGACGACCGCCGCAGGGACGACGGAGAGCGCCGCAGGGACGAGGAGCGCCCCAGGAGGGACGACGACGAGCGCUCCAGGAGGUACGACCGCGACGGCGUGACCUUCGUGCCUAGAGACCGGCGCAGGGAGGAGCAGGACCACCGGAAGCCCCACGAGGAGCUGCAGCGGGAGGGCGACCGCGCGCUCGACGGCCGGAGGAGCGCGCCCCUGUUCCCCCAGAACUCCGCGGCGGCGUCGUCCUCGGGCCCUGACGCGGGCGCGCAGAGCAAGCAGCCCGAGGUGUCGGAGGAGGAGGCCAAGCGAGCUCGGGAGAAGGCCCUCGAGAGCGCCGCAGAUAAGAUGGCCCAGCUCAGGGCGUUCAGGCUUGCAAAGGAGAAGGAGGCCCGAGAGAAGGCGGAGGCCAAGCAGCUCAAGGAAGAGGCCGAACUUAAGGAGGCCCAGCGCAAAGAGGCUGAGAUGCGGGAAGCCCAGAAGCGGGAGGCCCAGCUGAAGGGUGCCCAGUUCGGGAAGGGCUGCAUGGGCGACAUGGGCGGCAAGGGCUGCAUGGGCGACAUGUGCGGUAAGGGCUGCAUGGGCGAUAUGAGCGGUAAUGGCUGCAUAGGUGGCAAGGGCGGCAUGGGUGGCAAGGGCGGCAUGUUUGGCAAGGGCUGCAUUGGCGACAUGUGCGGUAAGGGCUGCAUGGGCGACAUGUGUGGUAAGGGUUGCAUGGGCGACAUGUGUGGUAAGGGCUGCAUGGGCGACAUGUGUGGUAAGGGCUGCAUGGGCGACAUGGGCGGCAAGGGUUGCAUGGGCGACAUGGCUGGCAAGGGCUGCAUGGGAGGCAUGCCAGGCAAAGGGCUGCAUGGGCGACAUGUGUGGCAAGGGCUGCAUGGGCGGAAAGGGCUGCAUGAACGGCAAGGGCGAUAUGGGCAGCAAGGGCUGCAUGGACGGAAUGUGUGGCAAAGGCUGCAUGGGCGACAUGUGUGGCAAGGGCUGCAUGGGCGACAUGGCCGGCCAGGGCUGCAUGGGCGGGAAGGGCUGCAUGGGCGGCAUGGGCGGCAUGGGAUGCAAGGGCUGUAUGCCGCCGAUGCCCGGCAUGGGUGGCAUGCCCAAUGUCGUGGCGAUGCCCAUGAAAGGGGUCCCCCCGCCCGCUCCAGCCAUCAUGGACGGCACCGGCGCGAUGGCCAAGUCUGCGGGACCGGGCCCCCUGGGCGGCAUGGGCGACGGCAGCAUGGGCUUCACGGCCAAGGCUGGCAUCGGCGCCAUGGUCAAGGCUGGCUUCGGAGGCGCUGGAGGUCCCUCCAUGGAUGCCAGCCUGGACGGCAUGAGCAUGAGCAAGGCGGGGACCAGGGCGGUGAUGGGCGGCGCGGACGGCGCGUGCGGCUUCAGCAGCAAGGCGUCCGGUGCGAUGUCGCCCCCAGCGCUCCCCGGCAAGGGUGCCUCGCAGGCAUGCCCCGCGAUGCUGCCGCCGCCCCCGGCCGUGCCGGGCAAGAGCGCCGCCCAGGCGUCCUCCGCGAUGCUGCCGCCGCCCCCGGGGCUGCCCGGCAAAAGCGCCUCGCAGGCCGGCGCCGACGGCGGCCCCCCGUCCAGCGUCAGCAAGAGCAGCAGGGGCGGAGCGCCGCCCUCGCCUGACGCGCCCGCGGCGGCGACCAAGGCUAAGUCGGCGCCGCCGCCUCCGCCGCCCGACGAGCCGAAGAACUGGGCGCCGCCGCACCUACGGAAA